AUGCAGAAUGUGGAUCGUGGUUGUUUUGUUGAGACCAACCCUUAUAAAAUUUGUUCAAUGUCAACGAAAUCCGAUGCCAUAAUUCUUCCCCCACUUGUCGAGGCAACUAUUCUGGAAGCACUGCAUGACUACAUCAAAGACAGUUCACACUCUUUAAUUAUGGAGCGGGGUAGUGGAUACCUCUCAGCUUGUGUAACGUUUAUGUCUGGGAUUAGUGGUAGGACAGAAUCCACUCUACCUGAUAAUAAUUUAAUGGAAGCGGCUUUGGGGAAUUUCGCUAAGUGGCUACAAUACACUAAAAAGGUCUUCACGUUGGGGACACAAAUUAUAUUCAGAUCAGUUAGUGAUCUUAAACCUUGGUCAUUGAAUCCAAAGUAUGAUGCUAUUUAUUUGCAUGUACUGGAUAGAAGUAUCAUAUUUCCAGUGAGAGAAGAAUUAAAAGUAGGAGGUCGGAUAGUUUUUUUGGAAGAAUCUGGUGGUGGAGAACAGAAAUUGUAUCUGAUGGAUCGCAAAAAUGAAGUUAUGUUUUUCGAAAAACCUCUGAUGAGUUUCAAAAGUAUUGCGCCACGUAGUAUUCAGCCUACAGAAGAAAGUACAGUAGAAACUGGGUAA